AUGCUAGCUGGGAGCGUGCACCUCGUAGUCAUCCACCACGGACUCUGGGGCUCGCCUGCCAAUACCGAGUAUCUUGCCACCACACUCGCCAAGUACCAUGGAGGACUCAUCUCGCCACACUGCACAUUGACGCCUCCAGAAUGCGCGUCGACAAUCUCAGCUCUGGCUUCAACGCAUCCGAAUUCCACCAACCAUAUCCGCAUGGUCGUUCUGAACAGCGAGGUGAACUCGGGCGAUCACACGUACGACGGCAUCGACUGGUGCGCAGAGCGGCUAAUCAAGGACGUCUAUCGAGAAGUGGAGAGGAUCGAGCAAGACGAAAAUGCGAAGGUGGCCAAGUUGAGUUUGAUAGGGUACAGUUUGGGUGGCUUGGUGAUAAGGUAUGCUGCUGGAGUGAUGUAUUCGGAUGGAUUGUUUGCGGAGAGCAAGUGCAAUACCGGGAAAAAGUUGAUGUUUACAUCGAGACCGGUGGCGGCUAGCAUGAGUACGAUUGCGACGCCGCACUUGGGCGUGACGCUGACCGGGUCUAUGUUUAGCAAAGUCGCGGCUGCAGUGGGCAGAUCGAAUCUGGGUCGGACCGGAAAGCAGCUAUAUCUGGCCGAUCGAGGAUGGAAGGCUGAUUCGCAUCUAUCUACGCAAGAGACGCCCAAACAUGCGCACGCGCAGUCUGAUGAGGACGAGGGACUCUGUCUGAUAGAAGCGCUCUCGGAUCCACGCUUCAACUUUAUCACGGCGAUGCGCCUGUUUUCACGCAUUGACGUCUACGCCAAUGCCGUAGCCGACCUGACGGUGAGCUACCGUACGGCUGCCUUCGAAGCGCACGAUCCGUUCGUGCUUGCGGACCAAAUUCACCUAGUCCGCGACCCUGACCACCCACCGCUCGUAGUGUCGUUCUCGAUCACCAAGCCUUGCAACAAAACCACACCGUUCUGGAGCACACUGGCGGCCAAACUCUCACCGAACAACCUGCCAUGGAUGCUCAACCCUCAACGCUUCCCGAUUCGUUUCCCGCUCAACUACGUAGCACUGCUAUGCUUGCCCGUGGUGCUGCCGGUGAUGGUGGGGUUGGUGCUGCACAAGCUGCGCUCAGACAGCAGGGUGUCGAAUAGGAGGGUGGAAGAGUUUGAGAGGUUGUGGGCGGUCGAGAACGCGGGUUUGUCUGGAAAGGAUCCGGUGAUUCAAGACGAUUCGCUAAAUCGGAAGAACGGCAAGAAAGAAAAGAGCGUUAGCACUUUGGUCAAGCUCGACGCGGCAACACGGGGAGAGCUGGAGCGUAAGCGAGUCGCCAAUUUGCUCGCCACCGUCGAGGCCGAGGUGGAAGAGACGUUUCGAGAGGUGGGAGAGGACUAUGUGCGCACAUCGGCUCCUAUGGCGUCUCCCGCGCCCUCCGACAGUCGAUACAUAACCAAGACCAAUGACGCCACCACGUUUGCACCGCGCUCCUCGUACGCGUCUUUGCCCGAACAACAACCCCUCCUACCCACCCAGCACCGCAUCCUCUCGAACCUCAACAACGCAUCCCUCCUCCCACAAGUCAAGAAACACCUUGCGCAUUUCCCAGACGUCUUGAACAGUCAUGCCGUCAUCAUCGUCCGAACGCCCACCAUGGAUGCGCACAAGAAAGGCAUGCAGCUCAUCAAAGCAUUUGUACAGCGCUUCGAGCUUUGA